CUAGUUUUCUGAAACAAAAUAACUUAUAUUUCAGAUAAUUAACCUACAUUUUAUCAAUCUUUCAUCAAUCACAUUGCAAACAAAUUUGAGCACACUUGAGAAGGCCCAGAGGCCCCCAAGUUGCGGCCUACAGAGGGUAAUAAGUAAAUCAUUGUAUCAAAAAAAUAUGUACCUUUUUAAUGAUUUCUUUCUCUCUUUAGAAAGAAGCAACUCUGGAUUUGAUCCUUUUUUUAACAUUUUUUUUUCUCCUUGAAUAUUUACAAUAUGAAAACAUGAUUCUUUAAAAUGUUUUCCACAUAUUCGCGUGGAUUUUGAAAUAUCUAUUUCCUUUAAUCCAAAUGCUGCUAACCAUUUUGUGCGGAUUUCAAGGUUCUUCGGAAAUCUAUAAGAAUUCCAUAUAUUAUUUUAUUUAUCACAAAUACUACUCUCAGACACUUGUUUUUUUUUAAUUUAUUAAUUGUUCAUAAUUUAUUUUUAUAGCUAGAAAUAAUGAAAUAAAUUAGCAAUAUAACUUCAAAAUUCGCAUUACCAGAGUUCAAGAUUUCAAUAUAUAAUACAGUUAUACUUACACAUGAUAGGUAGACGCCUUAUCUCGCUCUUUGCAGAUAUAGCAAUACAUCUAUAUCACCGCGUUCAAAUCACUUAUACAAAAUUUUAUUAUUUUUCUCACUGUUUCUUUCCACUUACAAUUAGGCUUAGCUGUUGCUGCUUUUCAUAACCCCGCAGUGCUCGCGCGGCUCGCGCGUAUCUAUGGUUUUAUUUAUCGGAGCAUGCGCAUUGCCGACUGGGCGCAUUCUAUAUCCAUCCUCGUCAAUCUUUUGCGUAUUGUAUCUCCAUCUUUGUCAAUCUUCUCUGCGUCAACUCGAAUGUACAGAGAACAUAGGUCUAUGUUCCUUCCAGUAAUAUAUGUUCUAAGCGUUAACCAAACACAAUUUGUUUUUUCUGUCAAAAUGAGUGAUUCCGAGCAGGAAAACGAGGAAUUGGAACCAGUUUUCACAUGUGGAUUAUGUGAAACUAUUUGUGAUGAUAUUACAUCCAUGCUUGCAUGGGUUCAAAGCUUAUUUUCUAGACAAUAAUUCUUAUUAUUUUUAUCCUCAGUGUGAUGAUGGUACGUUAUGAAAAGAGCAGUUGGUGAAAAGGAAUUAAUCGUAAAUACUGAGGUUAACACUGAGGUAGUCAGUAAUUCCAAAAAUUGUUCCUCAGAUGAAGCGUUUAUCUCAGCGAUAGAGAUUCAUGAACCUUUAUGGAAUAUUAAGUUGCCAACUGCACAAAGGAGCAAAGAAAUAAAAUCUUCCUUAUGGAAGGAAGUGUGUAAAGAAAUGAAUGGAAAAUAUACAAUAGAAUCAGCUAAGAAGAAGUGGAAAAAUCUCUGUGAUACUCACCGUAGAUAUGCUAAAGAAGAAAAAAGUGUUCGUAGUGGAUCUGCGAGAAAGAAAAAAAAUAAAUGGAUGUAUUACGAGCAAAUGGGAUUCAUGCGUGAUAUUGAACUUUCUGAGAUAAUUACUGUGUCGAAUAUUAACACGCGUGAUAGUUAUGAAGAUGACGAUGAGCAUGACGAAAAUGAAGCCCCAGAAAAUCAAUCAUCAAAGCGGAAGAAAAGUAGAACCAAAGAAGAAGCAAUCGACAGAUUAACUGACGCUCUAAAUGCAUCACAGCCACCUGUACAGUUUCCUGCACCACCUGUUUUUCCACCACCUCCACCUCCUAUGGAUGCUGUUGAUGCAUUUUUGACUAUGAUUGGACAUGAAUUACGUUCACUUAACGAUAACACAAGAAGCGAUAUCAUGUUAAAUAUCCAUACAUAUAUUCACAAGGAAAAAAAGAAAGAUACAAAUUAAUAUUAACUUUAUAAAACGUAACAAAUAUUUUAUCAUUAUUAAAUUAUAAAACAAUUUAUAAAAUUACAUAAAAUAUUAAAACUUAAAAAUAUUAUAUAAAGUAUUAUAUAAACAAAACCAAAAAGAAACAGAAUGCUCAGUCUUAUUUUUAUUUGUUAGUCACAUUGUAUGUUACUUAAUAGAUUUGUUGAAGAAUGUUAUUUUAGUUGAAUGUUAUUUUAGUUUUCUUAAAAACUUUUUAUCUCUAUUAUAUAAGUUGUAUUAAUUGUCUCGAAUUACUGAGCUCACUAAUUCUAAAUAAAUAAAAAAAUA